CGGCACCUUCCAGAUCUCUCUGCAACCUUCCAGAGCUUCUCUGCUUCCCCUAUAAAUUGCCAAUCUAUUCUUCGUUCCUCCCAUCCACAAUCGUUCGAUCAAACCCCUAUACAGAUAUUUCGAUCGCGAUCAACCUUGAACCUCAGUUGCACAGAAACAAACUCCACGCCAAGAGGAGGGGGAAAGAGAGAAAAGGAGUAGAAAAAUGGAUGUGCUGAUGGUGGAGCAGCCGCUGCUGUCGACGCUCAACCAGCUGCUGAGCGCCCCGGACGAGAUGGAGAAGCAGCUGAACGCGCCCGCCCGCAGCUACGUGCGCGAUACCCGGGCCAUGUCCUCCACGCCUGCCGAUGUCAAGGAGUACCCUUCCUCCUACGUCUUCGUCCUCGACAUGCCGGGGCUCAAGUCCGGCGAAAUCAAGGUCCAGAUCGAGGAAGGGAAUGUCCUCAACAUCAGCGGCGAGAGGAAGAGGGAAGAGCAACGGCAACAAAAGAAGGAGAAGGAGGCGGAGGUGAAGUACUUGAGGAUGGAGCGCAGGGUGGGGAAGUUCAUGAGGAAAUUCAACCUGCCCAAGAACGCCAAUGCCGACGCCAUCUCGGCGGAGUACCAGGACGGCGUGCUCACUGUGACGGUGCAGAAGCUGCCGCCUCCUGAACCCAAGAAACCCAAGAUCAUCGAGGUCAAGGUGGCUUGAGAAACAGGGCAUAGACCUCUGUUUUUUCUACUUUUUGCUGUCUGAGAAUACAAUAGUGGUAUCCCUUGUUUGCUUUAUGCCCCUUUCUCUCUUUAUGCGUUUUUCUUGUACCGUCGGGCCUGAGGUGACUCAUAUCAUAUGAGAGCCGCUCUGUAAUGAAACAUUCUGCAUAUAAAAAUGAAAUUUCUCGCUGUUCGAACUCUA